UUGGGCUGUCUGUCGGACGAGAGUGUGCAGAGACUGUCGAAACCGCUAGCACCCCCUCCCCUGGCACCCCCCUCAGUGCUCCGCCUUUGUGCGGCGUUGAGGGCACAGUCACCGUUGGGUUCUCGCGGCCGGUGAGGUGCGGGGGCGGGGCCUCGGCGGCUGCUUCGCGGGGCGCAGGGAAGUCACGCCCUCCCGGCCCCGGCCCGGCGCACGCGUCCCACGACGUCAGCCGCCCGCGCGAGCCGGGUCCCUGGGUGUGCGGGCGGUGCAGUGCGCAUGCUCCGACUGGGUCGCCUCAGGCGACGGCGGCUGAGGGAGGGGUAGGGCCCCUUUUCUCGGGGGCGUCCCUGCUGUCUGGCUCUGCACUUCCGCUGCCGUCCCCUUGACCCCCGGGGGCCUAUUACUCUCCUCCCUGGGACCGACGGUGGGCGGUAGCUCGCUGAGCGGUGGGUCCCUCUACCCCGCUCCCCUCCCUCAGCCCGGUCGCCCCGCCCCCGCGGGGCUGGGCGGCAAGGUCAGGGGCCGAGCGGAGCGGGUAUGGAAGAAGAUGAGUUCUUUGGAGAAAAAACAUUCCAGCAUGAUUGUGCAGAAUUCAUUAAACAUUCACAGCAGAUAGGAGAUGGUUGGGAAUGGAGAACUUCAAAGGACUCUUCUGAUGGCUACAUGUGCAAAACACAUUUGCAAAUUAAAAGUGGGACUACAGUGUCACAUCCAGGAACAUCUGCCCUUGUACAGACAUGUCUUCCGAUGGAGGAGGCUUUAGAGCUACCUCUGGAUGAUUCUGAGGUGACCGAGACUGCCACGGCAACCGAAGUGAUUAAAUAUGAGUAUCAUGUCUUGUAUUCCUGUAGCUACCAAGUGCCUGUGCUUUACUUUAGGGCAAGCUUUUUAGAUGGAAGACCUUUAGCUCUGAAGGACGUAUGGGAAGGCGUCCAUGAGUGCUAUAGGACGCGGCUGCUGCAGGGACCAUGGGACACGAUUACUCAGCAGGAGCAUCCGAUACUUGGACAACCCUUUUUUGUACUUCAUCCUUGCAAGACAAAUGAAUUCAUGACUCCUGUGGUAAAGAAUUCUCGAAAAAUCAAUAGGAACGUCAACUACAUCACAUCAUGGCUGAGCAUCGUAGGGCCAGCUGUUGGGCUGAAUGUGCCUCUUAGUUAUGCCAGAGCAGCCUCUCAGGAUGAAUGAAAUGUCAGUGGACAAGGAGAAACUCCUUAGCAUCAGAGUUGCCAUUUGAAAGCUUCAGGUCCUCUGGGAAGCAAUGAUGACGUUCAUCACAUCUGGCUCGAGUUCUAAGUGCUGUAUGUGAGUAGCUCCAUCAUUUUGAAGAUACACACCACAUACUAAAGUCUGAAUGCGGUGGCGACUGUGUGUGUGUGUGCAUAUUUGGAAAUAUGGGUUGUCACUCUUAGGUCCCUUCAAAUGUGUCACUCUAAAAAUGAUUUUCCCCAUGAGACAACUUACACUUAAAAACAUUCAGUUGUUGUAUGUUUUAAUACUUUGCUCUAAAACUCCUGUGGUGACAUUACCAUGACAAUAAGCUUUAAAAAUCCACUUCUUUUCCUCACACACUAAUAAACAUGCCAUAACUUUUCCAAAUAAUACAGAUAGAAAUUGUGCUAGAAAUUAGAAAUGCUUAGUACAACCUAUGAAGGCAAUCUCCCAACUACAAUAUCGUAAGAAAUGUAAGUUAAUACUUGGAUGAUCCAUUUAAACAGAUUUUAUAGGUUAAAAUAAAGAUUAUACAAGUAGCUAUUAGUGAAAAUUGUGGUGUAAUACGGUAAUUUAUGAUCUUGGUCUCCUUUCUCAACUUUGUGUAAAACCAAUAAAGAAAUGUUAGCUACUCUGUCGACCUUGAAACAGACUCCAGGAAUGUUAUCUGCAGCAUGAUCAUUAUAACCAAAUCCUGCCACCAGACAUUUACCUGGAAUGAAACAUAGAAAAUACAUAUAUACAAAGAUACACAUUCAAAUUUGCAUAGCUGUCAAAUUAGAACCAUGUCUCUCAGCUCUAUCAAAAAAUAAAAGGGAAAAAAACCAUAAAUAUAUGAAGCAUUGUGUAUUUUCCUAAUAUAGUUUAAAGUUUUUUGCAGAACAUCACUAACUUGUAUGUUUCAACAUUUCCAUAUAAACAUACAGAAAAUUUACUAAUCAUGUUAUACCUUCCCUUCAAAAAGUGCAAAACAAAAACUUAUUAAAUACCCAGCAUAAAUUUACACCAUAUCAGGCUAAGUAGCUGCCUGUAAGGCAGUGUUUGCUAUGUUGCUCUGAGGUGGAUCUCCUACAGGAACGGUUUAAUUUAGAGGAUGGACUCCUUCUGGUUUCAGCUGUGUUGAUUACUUGGGGAAAUUAUUUGAAAAAUACUGAAGAGCUACCUUUUUUGGGCUUCUGGUUUAUAAAAUGAGGUGGCUGGAAAAGAGCAGGAGUAUCCCCAUCAAUGGGAUGGCUACAUAAAGACUGCCUUAGAGCUCAUGGAAAAGACAGAUUUCUCCCAGAAAUACCACAAAGAUGGCUUCCCAGAAGAUCAGGAGUACUUGUAUAAUCUAACAAAUGCCUUAGGGAUUCUGAUGUUCUCGAUUUGGGAACCACAGGACUAAAUGAUCUCCAGAUUCUUUCUGCACUAACAAUUUCUGAUCUGUUUGGGGUUUGCUAGGCAAAUACAAGAUGUAACACAAAUUAAUUACUCAUUCACAAUUUUUUAAACCUUUUAAUCAACAAGUAAUUUAAGACUCACAAGAAAUUGCAAAAACUAUCAUUUGUAUACUUCACCCAACCUUGCCUUAAUGAUAACAUAUUUGAUAACCAGAGUAUAUUCUCAAAACCAGUCAAUUGACAUUUAUAACACUAUUAACUAAACUACAGAUUUACUUGUAUUUCAAUUUUUAUGCUCUUUUUGGUAUACAGCACUUUGAAAUUCCAUCACAAGUAUUGAUUUGUGUAAACGUUACCACAAUCAGGACAGAACUGCUCAACACCACAAAGACACCCCCUGGUGCUACCCUUUUGUAGUUCGACUACCAUCCUUCGUCCAUAGCAACUACCCAUCUCUUCUCCGUUGCUGUAAUUUUUUUCAAGAAUUUUAUAUAAAUAAAAUGUUACAGGACCUAUGUAACCUUUUCAGUUUGUCUUUUUGUGCUUAGCAUACCACUAAGAAACAUCAAAGUUGUUGCUUGCAACAAGUGUCUUUUAUGACUGAGUAGCAUUUCACUUACGGAUGUAACCACAGUUUACCUGUUUGCCCACUGAAAGACAUUUAGGUUGCUUCUAGUUCUUGACUAUCAUAAAUAAAGUUGCCAUGAACACGUGUGUACAGGAUUUUGUGUGGGCAGACAUUUCAUUUUGGUAUGAUAACUACCCAGGAGUGCAAUUGCUGGAUCUUAAGUAUAUGUUAACUCUCUAAGGAACUGUCAAACUUUGCCAGAGUGACUGUACCAUUUCUUAGUCCCACCAACAAUCUAGUUGCUCCAGUCUCACCAGUGCUUGAUAUUGUCAGUAUUUUAAAUUUUAGUCGUUAGGUAGGUGUAUACUGGUAUCAUCUCCUUAUGAUUUUAACUUACAUUUUUCUAAUGGCUAAUGAUGUUAAUCAUCUUUUCAUGUGCUUGUCAUCUCUUCAGUGAAGUAUUUAUUCAUUCGCCCAUUUUGUAAUAGGAUUGUUUUCUUAGUUUUGAGAUUAGGGAGUUCUUCAUAUAUUUUGGAUACAGGUCUUUUAUUGGAUAUAUAAUUUGCAAAUAUUUUCUCCCAGUCUGUAGUCUGUUUUUUCAUCUUCUUGACAAGAUAUCUCACAGAGCAAAAGAUUUUUAUUUUAAGUCCACUUUAUCCUUUGUGUGUGUGUGGAAUGUGCUUUUAAGUGUGAUGUCUUAGAAUUCUUCACCUGACCCUGCCAUGAAGCUGUUGUUUUCUUCUAGUUUUUACAGCUUUACUUUUUAUAUUCAGAUAUAUUAUCCAUUGAGUUAGUUUUUGUAUAAUGUGUGAAAUUUAGAUUGAAGUCCAUUUUUUUGCAAAUGGAAGUCCACACAAUUUAUUGAAAAAACUGUCUUCCGUUGAACUGCUUUUGUAUGUCAAGUCAGUUGGCCAUACCUGUAUAUUUAUGGAGUCUAUUUUCCUAUUUUAUUGAUCUGUGUCUGUCCCUCCAAUACACCAUUUUGUUUACUGUAGCUACAAAUUAUCUUACAACCAGUUUGUGAUUCCUCUACCUUUAUUCUUCAUUUUCAGUAUUGUACUGGCUAUUCUAGUCCUUUUGCCUUUCCGUAAUUUUAGAAUUAACUUUUCUACUUCUACCAAAAAGAGCUGCUGGGAAUUUGCUUAAAUUUUGCAGCCAUGGUGAGUGCCUCAUUUUUUCUUCCUCUAUAGCAGCGCCAGGCAGAACUUUGAGAUGGAUCCAAAAAUGAAGGGGCUCUGGUCACAAAGUGUGAGGGAGUAGGGGUUGGGAUGGUGGGAAGGCUGAGGGAACUUAAAUCAGGCUUGAACACUUUUGGGUCUGAGGCGUCUGUGGUAGAUUUAUGGGUCAGUCAGUUGUCACAGGACGGGGGCAUCCUGGGUGUACCAAGGAGACAAGUGCAAGCCAGCCUUCAUCGCAGGAUGCCUUAACUCCUUACAGGAAAGUUCAUCCUUCGCAGCAGGAGUUAGACAUGCCCAGAAUGGAUGUGGUCUCUGGCCCUCCUCCCUCGUGCACACCCUGUAGGUCCACCCCACCCACUGGCAGUUUCCUGUCCCUGCUUUUAAUCCUCAGGCCGCUGCCCUCCCCAUGUCUGAGCCUGGGGUGAAACCACAUAUCCCCAUGCAGCCUCUUCUGGUGGGUCAGGUGGAGGGUCAGUUAUGACCAUCUGGAAGCAUCUGGUCAGCCUUUGGAAAUGGCUUAAUCAGUAACUCCAACUACAAGCACCAGGAAGCGUUGGGAUGGAAAGACAAACUAUGUCUAAUUACCACAUACAAAUGUACCUAGUUAACAUGUGUAUCUUAAUGUCAAAUAUAUUUCAAUUAAAAAAAAAGA